AUGGGCCUGGCCAGGGCCCUGCGCCGCCUUAGCGGCGCCCGGGAGCCCAGGGAGGGCCGCGCCGGCGAUGAGGAAGAGGAGGCCGGGCCGGGGCUGUGCCGCAACGGGUGGGCGCCGUCGCCGGCUGGGCGGCGCCGCGGGCGCUUCGUCAAGAAGGACGGGCACUGCAACGUGCGCUUCGUGAACCUGGGCGGCCAGGGCGCGCGCUACCUGAGCGACCUGUUCACCACGUGCGUGGACGUGCGCUGGCGCUGGAUGUGCCUGCUCUUCUCCUGCUCCUUCCUCGCCUCCUGGCUGCUCUUCGGCCUGGCCUUCUGGCUCAUAGCCUCGCUGCACGGCGACCUGGCCGCCCCGCCGCCGGCGGCGCCCUGCUUCUCGCAGGUGGCCAGCUUCCUGGCCGCCUUCCUCUUCGCGCUGGAGACGCAGACGUCCAUCGGCUACGGCGUGCGCAGCGUCACCGAGGAGUGCCCGGCCGCCGUGGCCGCCGUGGUGCUGCAGUGCAUCGCCGGCUGCGUGCUCGACGCCUUCGUCGUGGGCGCCGUCAUGGCCAAGAUGGCCAAGCCUAAGAAGCGCAACGAGACGCUCGUGUUUAGCGAGAACGCCGUCGUGGCGCUGCGCGACCGCCGCCUCUGCCUCAUGUGGCGCGUCGGUAACCUCCGUCGCAGCCACCUGGUCGAGGCGCACGUGCGGGCCCAGCUGCUGCAGCCUCGUGUGACCCCAGAGGGCGAGUACAUACCACUGGAUCACCAGGACGUGGACGUGGGCUUUGACGGCGGCACCGAUCGAAUCUUCCUCGUGUCUCCCAUCACCAUCGUGCACGAGAUUGACUCUGCCAGUCCUCUCUAUGAACUAGGACGUGCCGAGCUGGCCCGGGCUGACUUUGAGCUGGUGGUCAUUCUCGAGGGCAUGGUUGAGGCCACGGCCAUGACCACACAGUGUCGCUCCUCCUACCUCCCUGGUGAGCUGCUCUGGGGCCAUCGUUUUGAGCCAGUCCUCUUCCAGCGCGGCUCCCAGUAUGAGGUUGACUAUCGCCACUUCCACCGCACUUACGAGGUCCCAGGGACACCGGUCUGCAGCGCCAAGGAGUUGGAUGAACAGGCCGAACGGGCCUCCCACAGCCCCAAGUCCAGUUUCCCCGGCUCUCUGGCUGCGUUUUGUUAUGAGAAUGAACUUGCGCUGAGCUGCUGCCAGGAGGAAGAGGAGGAAGAGGAGGCCAAGGAGGGGGAUGGGGUGGAGGCAGAAGAUGGGACUGCCAGCCCCCAAGUACUAACACCAACCCUCGCACUGACCCUACCCCCAUGAUGCCAGCUGGUGUCCUCCUAUUUGUACCCCCUUCCCAGAAAUAGCAAGAUGGAGAGUUCAGGCCCUCUCCUGGGAUGGGAGCAGGUGUUUCCCAAGACCGACAAGCCUGCUGGGUAAAUUAUUAGCUGGUGAAGUUCUGCCAUGCGCAGUGGACCCACCACAGACAUACUGGAUCUUAAUCUCUCUGCUGUCCGUGCUCCUUCCUGAGACCCCUUUAUCAGCCUGAUUCCUGAGUCUCUCCAGAGCUUCAAGAUCCAGAAUUCCAGACCACCCAAGAGGCAAGGACUUGUGGUUCUAGAUUCUUCUAUGUUGCUGGGUUGGGUUGUUGAGCAGGGUCAGGAAUCAGUGGUAUAUAC